AUGGCGGCGGCGGGGCCGCGCGCGGGUCCCUGCUCCGGGGCCGAGGCCCUGGCCCUGGCGGCCGAGCUGCAGGGCGAGGCGACCUGCUCCAUCUGCCUGGAGCUCUUCCGGGAGCCCGUGUCGGUGGAGUGCGGCCACAGCUUCUGCCGCGCCUGCAUCGCGCGCUGCUGGGAGCGCCCGGCCGCGGGCUCCGCGCUGCCCUGCCCGCUGCCCUGCCCGCAGUGCCGCGAGCCCGCGCGGCCGGGCCAGCUGCGCCCCAACCGGCCGCUGGCCGCCGUGGCCGCGCUGCUGCGGCGCCGCGGCCUGCCCGCCCCGGAGCCCGCGCCCGCGGAGGCGGCGCGCUGCGCGCUGCACGGCGAGCCGCUCAAGCUCUUCUGCCAGGACGACGGGCGCGCCAUCUGCGUGGUGUGCGACCGCGCCCGCGAGCACCGCGCGCACGCCGUGCUGCCGCUGGCCGAGGCGGUGCUGGAGGCCAAGGAGCUCCUGGAGUCCAGGCUGAAGGUCCUGAAGAGGGACCUGGAGGACUAUGAGGUGUUUCGUUCCACCGAAGAGAAGGAGAGCAAGGAGCUCCUGAAGCAGAUGGCAGCUGAGCGAGAGAAGGUGGGGGCAGAGUUCCAGGCCCUGCGGGCCUUCCUGGUGGAGCAGGAGGGCCGGCUCCUGGGGCGCCUGGAGGAGCUUUCCCGGGAGGUGACACAGAAGCAGAAUGAGAACCUGGCCCAGCUCGGGGGCGAGAUCGCCCAGCUAUCCAAGCUCACCAGCCAGAUCCAGGAGACAGCUAGCAAGCCCAGCCUUGACUUUCUGCAGGAAUUUAAAAACACACUAAGCAGGUGCAGCAAUGUGCCGGCCCCCAAGCCAAGCACAGUCUCUUCCGAGAUGAAGAAUAAAGUCUGGAAUGUUUCCCUCAAGACCUUUGUCUUAAAGGGGCUGCUCAAGAAGUUCAAAGAGGACCUGCGUGGAGAGCUGGAGAAAGAGGAGAAAGAGGAGCUGACCUUGGACCCGGACACGGCCAACCCCCGCCUCAUCCUCUCCCUGGACCUUAAGAGCGUGCGCCUUGGACAGCGGGCCCAGGACCUGCCCAGCCACCCGCGCCGCUUUGAUACCAACACCCGCGUCCUGGCCUCCUGCGGCUUCUCCUCGGGGCGGCACCACUGGGAGGUGGAGGUGGGCUCCCAGGACGGCUGGGCCUUCGGGGUGGCCCGGGAGAGUGUGCGCCGCAAGGGCCUCACGCCCUUCACCCCCGAGGAGGGCGUCUGGGCGCUGCAGCUCAACGGCGGGCAGUACUGGGCCGUGACCAGCCCCGAGCGGACACCCCUCAGCUGCGGCCACCUGUCCCGCGUGAGGGUGGCGCUGGACCUGGAGGUGGGCGCCGUGUCCUUCUACGCCGUGGAGGACAUGCGCCACCUCUACACCUUCCGUGUCAACUUCCAAGAGCGUGUGUUCCCCCUUUUCUCCAUCUGCUCCACGGGCACCUACUUGCGAAUCUGGCCUUGA